CUCCGGCGAGCAACGUUACAACAACUGAUGGGUCUGCUACGGCAUUGUUGCUAAAUGUUAAAUGAGAGCGCCACUUCUAUAAAGACGGAUAUUUUUACGGCAUACAACACAGGUGCGAGUCGCUUGUUUUCAUACGGAAACAAGAUGUUUGGCUUCCACAAGCCGAAGAUGUACCGCAGCAUAGACGGCUGCUGCAUCUGCCGCGCCAAGUCGUCCAGCUCCCGCUUCACGGACAGCAAGCGCUACGAGGUGGACUUCAAGAGCUGCUUCGGGUUGGGUGAGGUGCGCUGCGGGGACAUCUGUAACGCCUGUGUCCUCCUGGUCAAGAGGUGGAAGAAACUUCCAGCUGGAUCCAAGAAGAACUGGAAUCACGUGGUCGACGCAAAAGCUGGGUCGAGCACGAAGGCCACACUGAGGAUGAGAAAGAAGACAAAGAAGAAGCUGAAGCCGAGUGAGAUCAGUCGGGUCCAGAGCGAGCUGAAGCGAAACAACUCGGACGCCCACAGCACCACUUCCAGUGCUUCACCCGCUCAGUCGCCCAGCUACAGCAACCAAUCGGACGAGGGCUCGGACGCAGAGCUAUCGCCCGACGCCACCCCGUCCCCAGCCUUCUCCUUCUUGGACCUCAAAUACUGGAAAAGGCAAAAGGUUUGCUGCGGCAUCGUGUACAAAGGGCGUUACGGAGAGGUCAUCAUUGACCCCCACCUGUUCAAGCCCUGCUGUCAGGGGAAACCAAACCUGCACCAGCAACGGGAAGAAAGUGGGGAGAUGGAAGAAGAAGAAGAAGAAGAGGAGGAGGAGGAGGAUGAAGAGAGGGUCGCAGAAACAAACGCUGUGAGCACGUCACCACCUCCCAUACCUGAAGGAAAAGAAAAGGAGGAGCUGGGAGAGGGGGCACGGUGAUGGCAGCACCAGACACACAGGAACACAAAGGCUCCAAACCAAACCUCACUGUAGUUUCUCUGUCUUUUACAAGCUGCAGCAGCUCUUCCAGACUCUCUUUAUAUCUCUGACAACCACCCGGACCGGAUCCUCAGACCGGCUCCGUUUUCAGUGUCUUUACUUGAGCUAUGAGAUUCGGUGUUUUGUUUUUUGUUUUGGUUCUCUCUCUGUCUGAAAUGCUGGAUGGAUGAAUGCUGCACAGAAACCAGGAGACCUCUGGAAUUCACCCUUUACUCUUUGAUUUUUUUCUCAGACGUUAAUGUUUCAUCCUCUGCGCUCCUCUGUUUACACUCCACCAGUUUUCUGGGUUCAUGUAAAGCACAGUGUUGAUGUGGUUAGCGUGUUAGCUAACGGGUUUAAUACUGACACACAUUCUGGUUCCACAUGUCUGUAUCAGCACAAACGAGUUUUCAGGGAGGCAUCCAGCUCUCGGCAUCGGUCCCCACGUGUAGCCGUUAGCUGACGCCGCCGGACGAACCAUUAUAAGCUAAAAGAAACCCUCAGGAACUGAAACACGGCGGAGGCAAUUCCUGCGCUGCCAACCUCGUCAUCCUGGAGGCAGCUCAGUCUUUUCGACGCUUAAAUUCAUGUUCACUUUACUCAAAGCUGGCAGCCUUCUGCAUGAUCUGUCCACACUAUAUAUAUAUAUAUAUAUUUUGUUUUUGUUGGUUUGUUUUGUUGAUAUAAUGUUGUAUAGGUUCCCUAUAUAUUUUUGUAUAUAAAGGAAUAACUGAAAGCAAGCAUCCAUCGGUUACAGAUUUCAUAUCCUGCGUUCGAAUCAUGUCACAGGUCACUUCAGGUAGACUCGUACCUUACCAGGGAUCCUGGACCACAACGUCUGUGUCUGCUCAGAUUCUCAAAAAAAGGGAUAUUUUCAAGGUGAUGUUUGGGUUGGGUUUUGUUUGUUUGUUUUUGUUUUGUUCACUGAUACCAGGGUAGCUCUUCCAGCUGUGGCAGUAUUUCCUGCCAGAGGGCGGAAAUAGCAGCAGUAGGUUUGCCACUAACUGCACAGUUUAAUUGAAGAUAUACAGCAGCAAACUGGAUUUUCAGCUCUGCCCCUCAGUUAUUCGUCUAUUCAGUGUAUUUCAUUUUCUGCAGUAUCACAGCCUUAUUGUUAAUACUGAACCUUUUUUUUUUUCCAAAGAAAUAUUAAAUGUAACUGAAGAAAGAAGUGAAUUAUACUUGGCUUUACAUGUGGAGUCGAUUUGUCUAAAAAAAAAAAAAUAUUAUUUAUUUAAUUAAUCCUUAAAAUGAUUUUAUUUUAAUUCACUACACUGAAAUGUAUUGUUUGUUUUUUUUUUUCUUUGUUGUUGUUGUUAUUUUUGGACACUUCAGGACGUCUGUACCAAGCUGCCACACAGUCUGAACAGUGAUUGUAUUAAAACGGCUAUUUUUGACCUUGUAUUUAACGUUGUAUGUCCCUGUUCUAGUUUAGAGAGACUCUUGUACACCUGAUAUCUUGGGUAAGUUCCAUUAGCAUGUCAUGUAGAUCUGCACCUGCUCUAGAAGAUAUUUUUGUAGUCCGUCUCUAUACGAUUAUUAUUUUGCAGAGAGAUUCACUACUGUUCAUUUCUAAAGUUUGUAUUUUUAUAUACACUCGUUAUUUCUACUCGUUCAAUAAAUGU